ACACCUUAACGAAACGUGACUAGUGUUGUGGUAACGUGUGAAUAAUAAUUGGUAACAUUGAUUAAUGACAAACUUCCUUUCGCUAGAAAGUUCUCUUGAUGUGCGUUGUAGAAGAGUGUUAAAGUAAUAUUUUAACGUCUCGUUUUUGAUUGUUUACAAAGUCAUCUAUUUAUAUUGUGCAGGACAAGUAUCAUAUUCAGAAUCAAGUUCGAAGGACAGUUGCUGCACUGAUCGCUUUGGCACGAAGUAAAAUUGAAGUUAGGGACAUAAAAUUGAUGCUAGAGGUGCCGUCUCGUUAUUCUUGGUAUCCUCAGAUAAAAAUUUUGCCUGCUUACGGUCUGUAUCUUUGUGAAGUUGAAUACGGGAAGGACGAUCUGGAUACAUUUAGGACCGAGCUGCCGUUAAGUACAUAGAUUUUAGUUUCAGGAUGGUCGGAUCUAGGGUUUACGUAGGUGGGCUGCCCUAUGGUACAACAGAGCGGGACCUGGAGCGCUUCUUUCGAGGAUAUGGGCGUAUGAGGGACGUUCUCAUCAAAAACGGGUAUGGCUUUGUUGAAUUUGACGAUUAUAGAGAUGCUGAUGAUGCUGUAUAUGAAUUAAAUGGUAAAAAACUUUUAGGGGAGCGAGUGACGGUUGAGAGGGCCAGAGGCACCCCCCGAGGUCGAGACCAAUGGUCAUCGGGUAGCAGCCGAAGCAGCAGAAAUAAUGAUGACCACCGCUCCUCCUAUAGUGACAAGUAUGGACCCCCAACCCGCACCAACUACAGGUUGAUUGUGGAAAACCUCUCGUCCCGGAUCAGUUGGCAAGAUCUGAAAGAUUACAUGCGUCAGGCUGGGGAAGUCACAUAUGCAGAUGCUCAUAAACAGCACCGUAAUGAAGGUGUUGUUGAAUUUGCUUCAUACUCUGAUAUGAAAAAUGCUAUUGAAAAGCUUGAUGAUACUGAACUGAAUGGUAGAAAACUCCGUUUAAUUGAAGACAGAAAGACCAAGAGCAGACGUUCUGCUUCUUAUAGCAGUCGUAGCAGAUCCCGUAGCCGUUCAGCUAAACGUUCGAGGUCGCGUAGUCGUAGUUCUCGGUCAAAAUCCAAGAGUAAGUCGAGGUCUAGAUCACGCUCAGCCAGUGCUAAAGCAGACCGAGAAAAAUCCAAAUCUAGGUCUCGUUCAAGGUCCAAUUCUCGUAAGAAGUCAGAUCGUUCCAGGUCAAAUUCUAGAAAGAAGUCCGCUGAUCGUGACCAUUCCCGCUCUAGAUCCCACUCCAGGACACCAGACAAGCGCUCCCAAUCCCGCGAGGCUUCCAAAGAAAGAUCAGUUAGCAAGGAAAGAAGUAAAUCCAGAAGUCGAUCCGGAUCACCCAAUUAAUGUCGCUUCAUAUACAAGCUGCAACCUGGUUAUAGUGUUUGCAAUUUUAUGAGUAGAAUUUAAUAUACAAAUUUUAAUAUGUAAGCUCUAUAUUAAGUCAUUCAAAUAGUAGAUUUAAAUUACAGUAUAACAACUCAUUAUUUUGAAUUUGUUGAGUGGAAUAGUUGUACAGAGUGGUGUAACAAUUGAAAUUCUUAAGUAGGUACAUACAUGAAAAAUAAUUCAUUUUUGUAAAAAUCUGUUUACUUUGAGAAAUUAAAUUUUGCUCUAAUAAGUAUGGUAGAUUUUGUAUAAGUUACCCCACUUUUUUCCAUCUUCAGUUUUAUUCUGUGAAUAAAUAUUUUGAGUAAUU